AUGGGCUCCCUAGACUUUGAUUCUCCUGCCUUUAAUGAUCCCAUGGAACUUAUUUUCUUGGGUACUGGCACAUCCUCCAGCAUACCACAUGUAGACUGUCUCACUGCUCCUCCCGGCUCGAAGCCUUGUCGUACGUGUCUCUCGACCUUAGCGCCGGAGGGUAAGAAGAAUAUUCGUCGCAAUACUUCUGCUGUGGCCAGAAUCCGUGGGCGAGACGGGCAGACUGUAACAAUCGUGAUUGACGUGGGCAAGAGCUUCCAAGCCGCUGCGAUUGAGUGGUUCCCGAAAUAUAGCCUCCGCCGCAUAGAUGCCGUUCUUAUAACUCAUGCCCAUGCCGAUGCUAUGAAUGGUCUUGAUGACCUCCGGGGCUGGACACUCCAUGGCGCGAUACAAUCUCAUGUGGAUCUGUACGUGUCAGUGUCGACCUACAAAGAAGUCCAGCGCGCAUUUCCGUAUCUAGUGUCAAAGGAGUUUGCUUCCGGCGGUGGUGAUGUCCCGGAGUUCAAAUGGCACAUUAUAGAGGACCGCGUCCCUUUUGAAAUCGGAGACACUGGAAUUCAAAUCACUCCAUUUUCAGUUCACCACGGACGCAUAUUCUCCUCCCCACCUUUGGAUGUUAUUCCAAGUCCAUAUUCACUUUCUCCUGCGUCCACGAAUGCCUCAACGCCUGACAUUCCAGGGACACCUAUCCGUAAAGGUGCAGCGCUGCAUUCGCCAGAACCGUCCGGUCAAGUGCAACCUUACAUGUGUUUCGGAUUUGUAAUCCAAGACGCUGUGGUCUAUAUGUCCGACGUCUCGCAUAUCCCCGAAGACGUGUGGGACAUGCUGCAAAAGCCAUCUGGGUGCGACUUCCUACGAAGGCCGCCGCCGGUCUUCGUUCUUGACUGUCUGCGAAUACAUCCGCACCCUUCGCAUCUCAGUAUCGCACAAUCUGUCGAGGUUGCAAGGCGGAUGAAGGCUCAGCGGACGUACUGGCUUGGUUUCGGGCACGAACUGUCGCACGACGACUACGUUACUAUCGCAGAGACGCUCGGGGGCAAAGAGCUGGGCAAGCCUGGACUGAGUACCCUCCAGAAUCGAGCCUUGGAGAAUGUUGCCAGCGGCGAUCAAGUCUGGAUUAGACCCGCAUUCGACGGGUUGAGGGUAUUCGUGUCCGAGGAUGGGGUGACGCGGGAUGAGGGAUAUCAGUGA